ACGUCAUUUCCGCACAUGCGCAGUAAGAUAUCUUCUUUCCGAGCAACGGUCGCAGAAGACGGAUAAAAGGGAGUAAAAUAUCAAAGUAUUCGUCGUCAGAGGAGAAGAAAAUAUGUCCGUUGUGUUGGCGAAUAUAUGAACAACAAGUGUGCGGCGACGACGGGGCGAAACAAGCGACAUUUGAACCCCGACCUACUAGCCGUUUGCCUGAGUGUAAAGGAAGGAAGAGUCGAGUCACCGACAGAAAAACAUCCCGACUGAGAUCAUGAAUCCUGAAUAUGACUACCUGUUCAAGCUGCUCCUGAUUGGCGACUCUGGAGUAGGCAAAUCCUGUCUCUUGCUCCGCUUUGCCGAUGACACCUACACUGAGAGCUACAUCAGCACCAUCGGAGUGGACUUUAAGAUCCGAACUAUUGAACUGGAUGGCAAGACCAUCAAACUGCAGAUUUGGGACACUGCGGGCCAGGAACGGUUUCGUACCAUCACCUCCAGCUACUACCGUGGUGCCCAUGGCAUCAUUGUUGUCUAUGACGUGACUGACCAGGAGUCCUACAGCAAUGUCAAGCAGUGGCUCCAGGAAAUCGACCGCUACGCCAGUGAGAAUGUCAACAAGCUUCUGGUGGGCAACAAGUGUGAUCUGACCACCAAGAAAGUAGUGGAUUACACCACAGCAAAGGAGUUUGCUGACUCUUUGUCCAUCCCCUUUCUGGAGACAAGCGCCAAGAAUGCCACCAACGUGGAACAGGCCUUCAUGACCAUGGCCGCCGAGAUAAAAAAGCGCACGGGCCCUGGGGCCACCGCUGGCGGCGACAAGCCCAAUUUAAAAAUCGAGAGCACCCCCGUCAGGCAGUCUGGAGGCAGCUGCUGUUAAAGCGUCUCCACCCACCCACCUUCUCAACCACCUUCACACCGCUUCCCCUGAGACCCCCACUCUCCCUUUCUUUUCACUCCCACGCCACACAGUCCCUCCAUAGCGCUCCUACCAGCAGCCUGCAUCAGAGUCAAAGUCAGACAGGAGGUCAGUGAAGGCAUCAAGAGAGGAACGCAUGCAGAUGUUUUCAUUCAUUUGAAUCUCAACAGGUUUGUCAGGAGCUCAUGUUUGCAUGCACACACACACACACACACACACACACACACACACACACACACAAAGUUUUGUGAUAUAGCUUAAAAGGUUUUUUUGAUGCCUGUCUUGAAAUUUUAAAGCCCUGCAAUUUAAUACAACCCUCAACUUUCACUCUCCUUAGCCAUCAUCUUGUUCUCGGUUUAAAGAAGCACUUUCUUACAAGUAAAACGUGCUUCAAAGCUUAGCUCUAAGCUGACUCGUGCUGCAAAGUCGACACUGUACUUGCAUUGAAAUGAUGCUGCCCAGAUUUCAGAAGUGCCUGGUGACUGCAGGAGGUGGCCAGGUAAAUAUCUAUAGAGGUUGUAUUUGGCCAAUAACUUCUUUCUUGCUGGUAUGUGGUUUAUUUCCACUUGGAGGGAGGCGGGGCUCAUGUUUGUUUUUUUUUUCCUUCCUAGAAACGGUUAAAUUCUUCAAGAGUUGUGACAUGACUGCUUACUCUGACAGACAGCAAGCCUUGUGUUUUAUUGUUAUGGCUUUAUGUCUACCGGUGGGGACAAUAAUUAGGAUUGUAUUGAUAUCUCAUGUUUCUCACCUUUUUGGAGUCUUUGGUCAGGGUCAGAGGUAGCGUCUCACCUGAAGCGGUUUCAUGUUCUCUUGUUUAGCUCCCGAUCAUCUUAGCUUGCUAAUGCGGGUUUAGGACCUCACCUUUUUUUUGCUUUAUUCCUUUCUUAAGUGAUCUUAUCUCCAGGACUGUUUGGACCAUGUGGUGGUUUGAGGGACUGACUGGUCUUUGGUUUCCAGACCGGGUAUGAACUCCCGAGCUGUUAUUUAGUAGAAAACAUCUUGUUCAUGACGGAUGGCCUUUUAUCACUGGAGGUGGGGUUUAGUGUGUGUUUUUUUUUUGUUGUUGAGUGGAGCAGGACCAGGAGUGCAACAUUCCUCAUGGAUUUGGACACAUCUCGAGCAGAUGAAGGCCAAACUUUACUUGUGUGUAUAUAUACAAACACACACACACACACAA